CCCCUCCUCUCCCCUUCCCCGCGACUGAGGACGCAGCCUUCCUAGUAGGAAAUCGGGCCCAUCUUCUUCUUGUCUACUCCAUACCUUUCCGGCGGUCGCGGAGCGACCGCCCGUGCUAGAUACAACUAUCGGUCCGCCUCGCUUCGUCGUGCAAAAAAUUGCAGUUACGCAACAUGUGUUUUUUGUACUCCUGUAGUCAUCAAUAAAAAACCGAAGCUUUUUCCGUUCAUCCCCACAGGUACAAUAUCUUCCUGUACUUUCACAACACCCGAACGACUUAUUUUGCCUUUCAUCUGCACGACGAAAUUCAAAUUAUACCUCAAAAUAUCUCCCCCAAGAACGUACGAAGAAGAACUACGAAAUUCAAUCAACUUGCACCAUAAAAAUGUGGAACAACAUCGAAAUACUAUAGCGACUUGUUUUGAACGAAGACCCCAUCUUAAUUCGAGACAGCACAAGAUCAUAUUAAACUGUGACACUGGACGAGGUGCAGUGGUGGUGCGCGUGCUCAAAAUAUACUUAAGUAGAGGUACUAGACCCAGCAAGAGCAACAGGGUUUUCGUGCAUAGUAUUAUCGACUCCUUGCGCCAAAAUAGAGCGACGACUCCUGCAACGAACGCGGCUCCUGUGAGGAAGGAAAGACGGCACGAUACCAAGAACGACCCUACGUCGAGCACUGGGUUCUAGUACGUGUCCCCGGCAAGAACUAUCCUUGACAUCUUUCCACCAAACGAGUUGUAGUGCUUGCAGUUGGCCGCAAAAAUGUGCUGCCAUCGCGACGGUGAGACGACCACAGCGGGCGAGGAGGAGAAGAGUAGCAUGACCUACCGCAACUCGGCGGGGCGUACGGAGCGGCUCUCUUCUAGCCGCGAACUGCGGGGGUCCAUCGAGUCGGAUUCUACCUACUCCAGCUACUCCUCUGAGGCCCUGCCGUACGACGAGGAUUUGGUUGUCAUCUCGAACAAGCUAUGAAAUGCAAAAGUAUCGUACUCGUAGUAAUUGCAUUUAUGCAUUACAAAUCGCUUUGUCGAGGUAAAUCAGGAUUACAAAUUUGAUUUGUAUUGCUUGGCUAACUUGUAAUGCAAUUUAUACGAGUAGUAUGCUUUUGCAAUGCAUACAAGCACGUUGGGUGCUGCUACUGCCUGAACACCACGGUGUGGCUCUUGCUGGGGGGGUAUCAAAUGCAAAAAUGUCUGGGUCGGGAAGAGCCAAACUUGUGAUGCUGCAUUUGGAUGCUAAAAAAAGCUGUAUUGCAUGACCAGCAAGAGAAUUCAAAUUUGGCUACGCGGAGAGGGCAUUUCUCAUGCUGGAUGCGCAUAGAUAAGCGCUCAAAACAUCGGUGAUGUUAUGGCAUACAUCACAGACAUCAUGGAUCAUGGAAAAUGUGCAUGACAAAGUUGUGCUCUUCCAGACCCAGACACUUUUGCAUUUGAUAGUGGGUUGGAGAUGUUCAUUUUCUGGUGCCUUGCCGGCCUGGCUUGCGCCCUCAGCAUCGUGGGAUUUUCCUGGGCCAAGAAGUGCUUCAGCAUUGCCUGCAUCGUUCUCAUGCCGUGGAAAAAGUCGGGCCGCGGGGUCGUCUAUCAAAUGCAAAUAUGUCUGGGUCUGGAAACUUGUGAUGCUGUUUGGCGCAUAAUCAUGUGGACGCCUUCAUUGACAGCCAAGCAUGACAAGUUUCCGAGUCACUAUAAUGUUGCCUAUCCGCAUGACAAACUGCGUUUCUGCAUUCGAGAGAAGUGUGGCUUUAUUUGGGUGGCGUGCAUGACAGACUUGAGAGCCAUGCUAGCCGUGCAUGACAAGCCUUGCAUUCUUCCAGACCCGGACAUAUUUGCAAUGCAUAUCGUCAAGAAGCACAUUUACUACAUCCGGAACGUGCGCUAUCGCAAGAAAAAACUGUUUCACUGUAUUAAACUUGUGAUGCAUGGAAUGCAACGCAGACGCAUUUGUCUUGCUACUCAUGCAAGACAUUGUCUUUUUCAAUGUGUUUUCCCUUAGGUAGUACGCAUGGCAGGUUUAUUCCCUUGUCAUGUGUAACGAACUUGUAAUGCAAAAGUUGCAAAGUCCUCACAGUGAAACAGUUUUUUCUCACGAUAUGCGCCCAAAUUACUGCGGGAUUUUCAUGUGGUACGUGUUUCCGCUGUGUGCUCUAUCAAAUGCAAAAAUGACUUGGUCUGGAAGAGUGCAGACAUUUGUGAUGCAGUUUUUGCCUAGCCCAGAUCGUCUGGCAUGCAAGCCCUAGCAUCACAGAUUCCGAGCAGAUAUAAUCCCAAUGCCUAAUCCGCAUGAAAAGUGCCGCCUUUCUGUAACAGGAAGCGAGGCCUUUUGCUGACCAUGCAUGACAGAUUUUGUCAUGAUGUAGAAUUCGCAUUACAAAUUCGAAUCCUUCCAGAGCCAGACAUAUUUGCAAUGCAUAUGCUCCGAUCCUGAGCAUUCUGCACCUGGUGUUUGCCCUCUUGAACCUGCUCACGCUGAUCGGCAUUCCCUUUAUCAAGUGCAAAAAUGUCUGGGUCUGGAAGAGUCCGUGUUUGUCAUGCUUGUCUGGAGUGACUCUUAAAUCUGUCAUGCACGUUACCCAAACGCCCCAUUUAUCUGUGAUGCAGAAUCACAGUUUGUCAUGCAGAAUAGGCAACACCUAGAAGCUCAGAAACUUGUCAUGCUGAGCCAGCACUUGUGGCCUCAUCAUGAGACGCCACCCAGCAUCACAAGUUUCCAGACCCAGAUAUUUUUACAUUUGAUUCCCUUCGCCUACCAGCAUUUCAAGUGGGCCGCGAUGGUGUGGCGGUGCGGGGCCAUCGCGCUUACCCUCGAUAUCAAUUGCAAAUACUGAAUAUCCCCCCUUGAUGCUGUAGUGGUGGUCUGGAACAAGAACAUUUAUUUUGCCACACCACUUGUCGUUGUCCACCUCACAUGCAGCUCAUCUGCUGGCGCGGACAGGAAAAAAAGACCUGUCAUCGACAUGUAACGCUACCGCGCUAUUCUUUUGUGAUGCAAAAACGAUGUUUCUUUGAUGUGUUUCUCAUGCAUUUUACGCAAGUGACCUAGGCUUAGCACUAGCUGCUCAGAAAUUUGUCAACUACAUGCGUGUCCUCGGCCCCAUGAAAAUAUUGGAGGUUGGUUGUUAAGUAUGAUGCGCAUCAAAGUCAAAGAAACUAGCACGACAAUCGUUUAAUAUUCCAGACGUCCAGGGGGAUAGUACUUAUUUGCACUCUCGAUACUCGAGGAGGCCGAGCAACUGACUGGGAGCUACGCGAAAGCGGGAUACGACUCCGAAGAAAAUGAUGACUACUAAGAAUGUAGUAUCAAAUGCAAAAAUGUCUAGACGUCUGGAAGGUUGGAACUUGUGAUGCUAACUUUGGACUCUACAAAAAUCUGUAUUGCAUGACGGACCAGCAAGAGGAGUCUACUGUUUGUGCUACGCAGGGAGGGCUGCAUUUGUCAUGCGGCGUGGGUACUAUCAGGAAGCCCUCUAAAUAAAAUCUGUGAUGCUAGGUCGUGCAUUACAGACAUCCAUCCUGGGUCAUGCAAAAUAUGCAUGACAAACCCGGCAACAUUCCAGACCCAGACGCUUUUGCGUUUGAUAUGUAGUGUAGUAGUACUUACUACAACCGAAGCGACGACGAGGAGAGCGACUGAGAAGAGACGACUCGCCUAGGAACUACUGCUACAAAAAAACGCGGAAAAGAAUAUUAUGGAUUCAAUCAUUCAAGUUAUUGUUCAUCUUCAUACGCAAGUAGAUCAAGUCCGCCGGCGCAGCACCAUCAAUCCGGAAGUUGUACCAGACCUCCACUCGGAUUUUUUACUAUUUUCACCAGAUGUACCACUACAUCAAACGACUGAGCAGCAGCAGCAGUCCACCAAAGUGCAUAGUUUACUAAUGUCUGUGUUAUCUAAAAGUAGUUCUACUAAGUGCAGCGGACUGUUCUGAAAAUGAAUUAAAGAGCAGGUUCAUUUUAUUUUGGUUUUGCAUUUUACUUUUUGUUUUUUAUACAUUUAACAUUUUCAUCAUCCAUUAUUGUAAAAAUUGUUCUACGAAAAUAGAGUAGCGAAGAUUUUGAAUAUCCUUAUAAUUGCCUAUAUAAUUAAGUUUAAAACUCACUACACGAAUGUUCUUGUAAGUAUGUUUUCGGUUUUUUAGCAUUGAAGACGAAGAGGAGAAUUUUUUGCACUUUUGUUCCCGCUUGCCUGCGAGAUUUUAUACCUGAAUACUACUUCAAUCAGCUUCAGAAGUCGCCGCUGAAUGUGUUGUCUUCGUGGUGGCUGCUUACUGAAAUAUAGUACUUCCGUCGAGGCGCGGCAGGGAGGACCACCUGAAGCAACGUACAAACAAGCUGCGUCGAGGUUGUAGUGUCGAUGGUACUAUCAUCUCGAGGAAAGUUGGGUAAGAAGUCAUUCGAGUAGAAACAAUAAACAAAGUACUUUGUACCAGCUAAAAAUGUCACUAAAUUUUGUAUUGCCGGCAAAUUGUUUAUACGACCGGCGCUCCUGAGCAAGAGACUAUCAGGCAGCAGUGUCCGCUAGCGAGGAGGACGUGCAGAUCAUGGACCACUUACAAGACACAAAAUGCAAACAGCAUCAAGCGGCCUGUUGCCCGCAGCUGCGCGCAUUGAAUAAAGACCGUGGUUGUGAUUCAGAUUGUAAUCGACCCGAGGAGUGGUCCAACUUGUUGUACUAGCGAAAACACAUUUGAAGACGAUGCUGCUGCCAUCAGGAUGAACUGUACAUUCAUAAAACUACCGGCGAGCCACGGCGGAGGGAGCGGUCGAUUGUUUUGGAGACCACUAGCGUGACGCCGACCUUCCGUGAGUACAGGGAGGACAGACACCUCCUAAGUUGUUCGAAAGAUCGUGAAAGGCCACGGAAGAUGGUGCAGCGGGUUCUUCGGCUUCCCUCACGACCCUUUUG